AUGGAGCUCGAAAAAGAGCUGCAAGCAUUUGUAGAACCUGAAUUUGAUUCUGAUAUUAACGGUGGUUAUGCUUGGAUAAUUCUAGUAUGUACCUUCACUCUAGCGGUCUGUUCUUGGGGGAAUAAUUCAGGUUUUGCUGUAUAUUUUGCUUAUUAUAGUGAAAAUAAUUUGUAUAGAGGAGCCACUGCAAUUGAUUAUGCUGCAAUUGGAGGUAUUACUUUUGGGGUUGGAAUAGGUACUGGUCCACUAAUAAAUUAUUCAACCAGAACUCUUGGAACUAGAGGAACUUUAAUUCUUGGUAAUAUUUGUCAAUUUGUUUCCUUAUUUUUAACAAGUUUCUCUUCUCAUAAUCAAAUAUGGCAACUUUAUUUAACUCAAGGAUUAUUACAAUCCUUUGGAUUGGCAUUUUUAGGAAUGCCUGCUUUUAUAAUUUUGCCUCAUUGGUUUAAAAAUACUGGAGAAAAGGAGAAUUAUAAUAUUAGGAACAGAAUGUUAACACUUUCUCAAGGGAUAACAACCGCAGGAACUGGAGUUGGUGGUAUAUUAUUUAAUUUAGGAAUGCAGAAAUUAUUAGAAACUCAUGGAAUUAGAUGGGCAUUAAGAGUUGAAUCUUUUAUUUCUGUAUUUCUUGCUUCAAUUGCGAUUGCUUUUAUAAGAGAAAAGAAAUCAAGUAUUCAAGAUAAGAAUGAAUUCAAAGCCUAUGAUAUAUUAAUAUUAUCAUUUCCACCAUUUUGGUUAAUAAUUUUAUUCAUCGUAUUCUCUAUGUUUGCUUAUGUAGUCAUCUUAUAUACACUUGCAGACUGGACUAUUUCAAUAGGAUAUUCACCAUAUCAAGGAUCUAUUGUUGCUGCAAUGGUAUCAUUAGGAAUUACAAUAGGUAGACCAAUUAUGGGCAUUCUAGCUGAUAAAUAUGGAGCACUUACAGUCAGUGCUACUCUGCUUAGCAUUAGUGGAAUUUUAUCUUUAGCAAUGUGGAUACCAUCUAGAAACUAUGCAAGUGCGCUUACCUUAGCAUUGCUUAUGGGUAUAUUUAGUGGAGCUAUGUUUGUAUGCAUAGCUAGUAUUAAUUUAACAGUUUUGGGAUAUAGAAUUCAUAGAUUAAGUACAUUAUUUGGAAUGUUAUGGGUGUUUUUAGGUACAUCAUCAAUAAUAUCACCUAUUAUAGGUACAGCAUUACAAAUGAGAGGUCCAAAAAAUAAUCAAUACUUGUAUUGUUCUAUAUUUGUUGGAUGUUCAUUUUUGAUACUGGCUAUAAUUAUUAUUAUAUUAAGAGGGUAUAUGUUAUCAGUUCGACAAAUUGAAUCAGAAGCUGCAAAUGCUGAUUUAACGGAUGAGCAAUAUUUUGCUAUACGUCCUCGUUGGACUUUCGUGGUUAAGAAUGCCUUUAAUUAUACUACAGAUUAUUGGUUAUAG